AUGGCCUACAGCGGGCCCGCAGUGCCCGUGUCGGCCGCCCUGGUCCCCGCUGGCGUCGCGCACUAUGGUGCCGUGCCACAGUACGACACCCACGGUUAUGGCUAUUCCAUGGGAGCCUGGAGCCAUUCCCCUGGAGCAGAUGACCCUCAGGCGUACGAUGCGUCCUGGUACCAGGGUUUUUACAGGGGCUAUGAAGGGGAGCAUGGGGAGGAUCACGAGGAUCAGACUCUGGAUGAGUACGGCGAUCUGCCCGAAGCGGAAGACGAAGAGGCGGGUAAUGAGGACGACGGGGACGAGGAGGAGUACGACGAAGAGGCUCCUGAGCUGGGCCCGGAAGGCAACUAUGACGCCAAUGUAGCGAGCAGCAUAGGCGCGGGUGACUGCUCAGCGAGAGCCAUGGCCAGCGGCGCAGACGGCGCUUGGGGCGGCAAGGAAAGGGGCGGCAGCGCGGCCGGCUCAGUCCCAUGGCUUGCGGCGGCGGCUGCGGCUGCGGUGACAGGCAAAUCGACAGGAAAUGCAGCGGCGGUGGUGACGACGGCGGUGGGAGCUGCGGCGACUGCGGCGACGAAGACCGAGAGCUCCCAUCGCCUGAACCCCGGUGCGCCCACUUUCCUGAACCCCGGCGCGAAGACGUUCCUGCCACACAGCAAGGUCGCCGGCGCUGCCAGUGCACCCACCGCUGCCGCUGCGGCAAGCAGCAGGAUACCGGUGGUGGCGGCGGCGGCGGCGGCGCAGGUGGCCGCCAAGCCAUCUCCGGUCGGUGAUACCGCCGCCGCCGGCAGUGCCGUCGCAGGGUCGGAUGUACCGGGUGGUGGUGGGGGUGGUGGUGGUGGGGGUGGCAGGCAACUGCAGCCGGACCGCGGCGACACAGCGCCGCCCGAGGACACAGAGGCACAGAGUCCCGGAGCCCUUUGCCCCGGAAGUGGAGAUGGAAGGGCUGCAGUGGCGGGGAGCGCCCUCCGUGUCGAUGUCUCAGCCAAGAAUGGCAACGAGGCAGCAGAAGCAGCCGCAACCUCCGAAACUUCCGAACACGGCCGAAAGCAGCUGCUUCAGCAGGCAGGGGAGGCGUUGACGGCGCCAUUGCCCCACCAGUCGAGGGGUGCUGGAAACCCUGAGUCGUCAUCGAGUCCGAGCACAGCCGUGGUGCUGCAGGGGAUCGCGGCUACGGAGGAGGAGGAGGAGGAGGAGACUCGUGGGCCAGGGGGACGGGCCGAGGCGCCCCCGGCUGCAGCACAUACUGCUACUGCUGCAGAUACUGCUACUGCUAAGGAGGUGAUGACGUCUUCUAGGGGAGCAACGGCGACGGAGGCGGCGCGCGAAGUCGAUCAGCUGGCGGGCGACACUCGAGCGCUGACCAUGUCGGACUUGAAGCCCACCUCCACACCCUUCCGGUGCUUCAUUACCGGACUAUUCAGCCUGUUUCAGGGCCCAAGCGGGGAGUACGGCAUGGACUCGUUGUGGUGGUGCCUGAACACUCGGAGGGCCCCGGGUGCUGCGGCGCGGGAUAGCGGUGACAAGCCUGCUUCAAGCUGCUCGGCUGCGUCGCAGUCAUCCUCAUUGCAAACGUUUUCCCAUGAAGAACGGCAACAAGAACAACAAGAACAGCAGCAUCCUGAUCCGGACGCGCGAAUACUAGGGCCGUACAGCUGCGAGCAGAUGAUUCUGGCGCACAUCGCGCAGGCGCUGCCCCCCAACCUGCCGGUUUGCGGCACGAGAGGCCCCAGCCCGCCGCACUCACUGCCCCCCGUGGACGCGUUUCAGCCCCUGGACUCCCUUCUGGUUGCAGCGGAGGCGGGACAGCCUUAUCAGCUGCUGCAGUUGCCGCCCCGACAGUGGAUUCGCGGUCUACCAAUGCCCCUGCACCUGGUCUUACAGCAAUUUCCGGCAGCGGGCACAGCGGUACAACAACCUUCACAAGAUGAGGCUCAGACCUCGGCUUACACUAGUACACGGGCUAAGUACGAACCCAGAUCGCAGGAGUGA